AUGUUUUCUCAAUAUGCAAUUGAAAGCGAAGAUGAAGAAAUGCAGACUCCUGAUUCUGGUUACAAUAUAAACUGGGGUCCUGUUGACGGUUCAUCACUCAAACAUUUUGGUUUUGCUGAAGCUGAUAUUGGAAUAAAGCCUGAAUUUUAUGAAAAUUAUGGCAAGGAGCCCUAUGAUUUUUUCAAAUUAUUUAUUACUGAUGAGAUAAUAGAAUAUAUGGUAUAUCAAACAAACCUAUAUGCUGAGCAAGUACUAAAGGAAAAACCGACGGCCAAAGGACAUGUGAAAAAAUUGGUUCCUACUACAAGCCAAGAAAUGGAAAAUUUUCUUGGAAUUAUAUUGUGGAUGGGACUUAUGAAACUUCCACGUCUAAAAGCUUAUUGGAGCACUAACAUUUUAUACAUAAACAAAGUAAAAUAA